GAAGCAUCCUGAAAGAAAAAUAUCACGAGCACAUGACAUGGGCCAAGUGUACGUGAUGGAUAAAGUAAUAACUCUGUUCAAUAAUAGGAAAUUAACUGCAAACAAAAUUUUAAAAAAGGGAGAAAAUUCACUACAAAAAUUUUAAAAAUUGAGGUGGGGACAUGAAAUAUCAAACGAUAAAAGAGCUAAAAGGUGAACAUUGAAGGUUUAUUUUUUUCCCAUGAAGGUGCUUCUGAAAAAUUCUGUUUUCUCGAUCCGUAUGUGUUAUUUACUCUCAAGGUUGAAGACGUUGAACAGCAUGAGUUUUUUACUUAGAUUUGCGAUUGAAAUUUUUUUUGGACAGUUCCUGUUGAUUUCUGUGAGAAACUUCGACGCCAACCCUCAUGAUUGUCUGGGUUUUAUUAAUUCUCUCCAACUAAUAUCAACCAAAAUUUUUUUAUAAUGUGAAGUAACCUAUUAAAUGUUGAGCGAAUCAGUUCGUAACGACCCAUACUAGUAACAACCUUUGUAAAAAACCGGAAGUGCGGUCAGGGCGUGUUGUGAAAGAGAAAAAAAAAAUAAAAGCACCAACAUAGCAGUGGUUUCAUAGUCCAAAGCUGACAUUAGAAACUAGCUCUAUUCUUUAAACAAGUCGUUCCACAAGAUGGCCUCGUCGGUGAAUCGCUGGAGAAAGUUGAAAAGGGCCAGUGGAAUUGAAAUCAGCAGCAAUAAUCAGAUAGAUGGUGCGCUGGAUGAACACAGUUUGAACGAAAUUGAACCAGAGUUAUUCAUCAAAUUUAUUCGAAUUCCCUCGCUCAAAACGUACACAAGUUUAGUGCGAAAACUUGAAAACUGCUCGAAGAAAUGGCUGACGGAAUUUUUAGCGCUUGGAGGAUUGACAUCGCUGUUUGAAGUUCUAGAAAAAUUAGGCGAGCGAGAAAUGACAAAGUUCAGCGAUGCUUUCUUGCAACUUGAAUGUGUGAGGUGCAUCAAAGCUGUGUUGAAUAAUAUAACAGGACUGGAAUUUAUGACUUCGGAUACCUCGUUAGCAAAACAACUUGUAAAUGCGCUCGAUACAAACAACACAAUGAUUAAGAAACAAGUAUUUGAACUUCUAUCCGCUCUCUGCCUUUAUUCCAACCAAGGACACAAACUGGCCAUUGACGCGCUUGAGAAUUACAAGCUCACCAAGGGUCAGCGGUACAGAUUUAGUUUGAUCAUCAAUGAGCUUAAAAAUGCCGAAGUUAUACCAUACAUGACCACGUGUUUAGCCUUUAUCAACACUAUACUCAUCGCUACGGAAGACUUUGAAGAACGAGUCCGCCUGAGAAAUGAGUUUGCAGGGCUAGGACUCUUGGACAUCCUAAGCAAUUUGAGGCACAACGAUGACGAAGAGUUAUUGGUUCAACUCGAUGUGUUUGAAGAACAGAGACUGGAGGAUGAAGAUGAUCUGAACUCCCCUGAGGGAGUAAAUCUGACGUCUCACUUGGACGUAUUUCACGCUUUGUUUAGAAAGGUGAGUAACAAACCUCAAGGUGUAAACCUAUUAAGCAUUCUACAAAACCUGCUUUUGAUCGAGGAUGACUCACCUGUGUCGGACUCGGUUUGGGAAGUGAUCGAGAAACUUGUAAAACGAGCUGUGAACAUCGACAGUCGUAAUCGAGCGGAGUCAAUCCUAGAGGAGGGUGAGAGGCAAUUUACCAGUUUACAACAUGGAGGUUCAUCAAGGGAAGGCAGCAACACGCGGAGUGGUUCUCCUGAUGAAAACUUGACCCAUCGAAUGUCCGUGGCGCAGCAAUCGUCAGAAGAUGUACGUUCAGCUUGCGUGCGUUCUGUCUCUGUUGAUGACCCCAGUUCGACGCCUGUUGUGGCAAACGGGAUUCACGAGGAAAUACAGGCUUCCACACAAGCAAAUCUAGAGGAAGCAUGCCCGAUGACAUUUGAAGAUGAAGAAGCAGCUCCUGCUUCUGUUAAAAUUCUUGAAGGUAUCAUUCAGAAUAACAAGAAAAAAGAGGGGCGAUCAUCCAGUCCAGAACUUAUGUUGGACCUUGAAAGUGUUGUAAAUGAACUCGGCUUAAACAAUCCUCCUGCACCUCCUCCUCCGCCACCCCUGCCUGGACAAUCAAAUGGUGAAGAUAUUCAAAUCGUAAUGAAUCACGUAGAAACAACUGAAAGCGCACCUUCACUGCCAGGAAAAGAUGAGAGUUUUUCGUACGGGAGACCUGUUACUCCUCCUUCUGUAGGAGCCUCAGCCAUUCCUCCACCCCCUCCUCCGCCCCCCGUGAUAGGAAGAGGUGAGAUUCCUCCUCCUCUUCUUCCAGGAAUGAAUGGAGUACCACUUCCUCCUUCUCUGCCUGGAAAGGUUGGCGUGCCACCACCACCUCCUCUAGGAACUGGGGUAGUUCCUCCACCACCGCCUCCUCCAGGAGUGGGUGGAAUACCCCCUCCUCCUCCUCCUCCUCCUCCUCUACUGGGAAUGGGUGGCGUGCCUCCCCCUCCACCUCUUCCAGGAAUGGCUGGGGUACCGCCACCGCCCCCUUUACCUGGAAUGGGAGGAGUACCUCCACCUCCACCUCUUCCAGGAAUGGGCGGGGUACCACCACCACCCGCUUUACCUGGAAUGGAGGGAGUACCUCCACCGCCGCCUCUUCCAGGGAUGGGUGGAGCACCCCCGCCUCCCCCAUUACCUGGAAUGGGGGGAGUACCUCCGCCCCCACCACCUCCAGGAGCUGGGGGAGUUCCACCUCCGCCGCCUCUGGGUGGGUUUGGAGUCACUCGAGUUUACCAGCAGCCCGUCCAUCGUAGUGUCAGCUGCCCGCUCGUCCCUCCGGUGAAACCCAAGAGUAAGAUGCGAUCCUUAGCGUGGCAGAAGCUUCCUCCGCACGUGAUUCAGAGGAGUAAGACGUGUGUAUGGGCACGUGUCAUGGCGCUGGAGGUAAUCCAGCCUGAUUUUCAUCUGGAAGAGGAGUGGUUUUGUCAAAAGAAGACGGGCGGAGCAAAGAAGACGGAGACAAAGAAGAAGGAGCCCUCAGAGAUCACCCUACUGGAUCCAAAGAGGAGUCUGAACGUUAACAUUUUUAUGAAGCAGUUCAAAAAGUCAAACGAAGAGAUUGUUGGAUUGAUUCAAAACGGGAACAGCAAAGCUUUUGAUGUUGAUGUCCUGAAAUCGUUCAUCAAACUCCUUCCAGACAACACAGAGAGAGAAAUGCUGAAAGGAUUCUCUGGCGACAAAACCCAGCUGGGUUCGGCUGAGAAGUUUUUGUUGGCACUGGUCUCUAUUCCUGGGUACAACCUUCGUCUAGAGGCCAUGUUACAAAAGGAGGAGUUCCAGAUUACAGUUGAAACAAUCGAACCGAGUUUAGAAUCUUUGAAAGGAGCAAUACAAGAUAUCCUCAACAGUGAAAUUCUACCAGAGGUUCUUCAACUGAUUUUGAUCAUUGGCAAUUUUCUGAACUCGGGAGGGUACGCUGGGAAUGCUGUGGCUUUUAAGAUCAACUCACUCUUAAAGAUUGUGGACACGAGAGCAAACAAACCCCGCAUGACCCUCAUGAACUUCUUGGUGCACGUUGCUGAGGAGAAACGCGAGAAAGUAUUAAAGUUUACCGAAGACAUGAAGCAUCUUGACAAAGCCGUCAAGUUAUCUGUAGACAAUCUUACUGGAGAAGUAGUGGGCCUCAAAAACAAACUCAAAAGCCUUGAAAAAGAUAUGAAAAGUGGACCGAAAGAUAUUUGCACUCAAUUUUCUGAAUUCAUCGAGGGCGCUUUAGAGAAGGCGAAGCAGCUAGAGGAAGGCAUCACCGAAAUCCACAGCCUCACCAAACAACUGGCGAUGUAUUUCUGCGAGGACGAGGGAAAAUUAAAACUGCAGGAGUUAUUGUCUUUGUUCAAGACUUUUGGUGAUCAGCUGAACAAAGCUAAGAAGGAUAACGAACAAUUUCGUAUCCAAGAGGAAAAACGAAAGGCACGCGAGAAAAAGAAAGCAGAAGAGGCAGCUAGAAAUGCUGAAGCAGGGGGAAAAGUGAAGACCAAACCGCGGCCAGUAGACGAGGAACAAGAAGGGUGCAUUGUGGACCGACUGCUCAGUGACAUCAGGAAAGGCUUCCCCCUGCGGAAGCACUCCAGAGGGACAUCCUCCGGGGGGGUCAAAUCAGCAUCGCCCACGAGGCCUAAACGGAGCCGCGACGAAGGAGGUGACGACGUGUUUGUUAUUCUGGAAGAAGCCGAAGAAGAUGAGAAGCAAGCCAUAACACAAGGGGUUCUGGAUAAAAUCGUUGUUACCGCGGACAAAAAUGAACUGAAAAAAGACAAGCUUGAAAACAAAGAGGAGGUAUCAAACCACAGAGUCUCGAAUCCUGCCUAUGCAAUUGAAGUAUCGGAAGCUGGUGUUAAAGGCGUAUCUAAACCACAUGAACAUGAAAACAGAGACGUCCCUGAAAUGAAAAAACGCAAAUCUAGCGAGGACGUGUCUGCCACUCAAAUCGAAGAGGAACUAGACAAAGAAUCAAAGAGGGUUAAAUCUUUUGGAGAUUCUUUCGAAAGAAAGAAAGCUGGCAAAACUACCGCGGGCAAAAAUGGCGAACUGCCAGCUUUGAAUGGAGUGUGUGAAGAUAUUUCAUCUGAAGAAACUCCUGCCAAAAUUCCGAAUGAUACAAAACCUCAGCUCGUUACAAUAAGAGAAGGCUGUAGUUUAACUGCACCGAAACAAAAGGUUGUGUUUUCUAAGGAAAGCCAGGACGAUGCAGCAUUAAACGAUACUGUGUCAAAUUCAGAGAUUUCUGGUCCGCAGGAGAAUCUAGCUAAACAAAACUUUAGAAGUGAUAGCCAAGUUUCGGACGUGUCUACAUUGGAUAAGGAAAUUAAGCGUGGCGUGCUUCAGUCGAAAUCGACUCCUGAACAAGAUUACAACGAAAAAACUGUUGUAAACUCAACAAAACGACUCGAGGAUGAAAAAGAACUUUCACUGAAUAGUUCAAACAUUUCAAAAGAGAAUGACACUAGGAAAGCCAAACGAGAAUUCGCGGGGGAAAUAAUUCCACCAGUGAAAAACAAAACACUAUCAAAAAAUGGCGGGAAAAGCCAAUCUGCCGGCCAAUCUGAAAGCGGUAAACAAUCACGUGAUGAUAGCCCAAAGGUCCUGAAUCUUCCUCAAAAUAGAGAUCUGGGUCCGAGAAACAGAACUGAGGAUAAACGAAAAAAUGAAAGAUAUGGAGAGAGUGAAGGGAAAAAACGAACUGAGUUUAAAGAUAAACACGAGCCAGUCGUUUUUCCAUCUGUCACUGUCGAACAGGAUAAUAGUCUAAAUGACGGAGACGAUGAAACACCCAAGACUUUGAACGAACCAAGCGGAAACAAACGAGGACAUUCCACUGAAGGAACUGAGAAGCGACGGAGACUGAGCGAGGCGGAUCUCAAUCUCCGCCCGCUGAGUCCUGUGAUGGAGGAUGAAGAAUCUGAUAAACAGUUAUUAAAUCCUUCUGCUGGACGGUCGGCUAAAGUAAAGAAAAGCAAGUCGUUCGUGGCGCGCGGGUUUUCAAAAAUGUUUGGAAGUAAGCGAAAAUAUAAAGUGGACAAAGAACUUAGGGAGAAUUCCUUCUCGUCCGAGUGUGAAAGUCAGACGACUCAGGCGGAGUUUGAUCAGAGUGAGAAUCACGGCGGAGCGAAGGAGAAUAAAAAAAAGAAAAAAAGGAAAGGGGAGGAAAACCAUGAUGGCGAGAAGAUUAGUGAUGGACAAUCAACUGAUGAGGGCAAAAACAAACAUUCGUCGCGCAAGUUUGGCGGCUUCUUCUCGCGGGGCAAAAAGAAAGAGAUGCACCCGCAUUCGAAAGAAAACAAGUAACUAUUUUGCAUUUUUAGAGCGGCAUUUUCGCUCUUGAAGCCAUUCACAGGCCUGGUAUGAGCAGAUUAUUGAUUUUAAUAUUGUUUAUCGAAAUUUGAAAGGUUAACAUUUCAUCAGAUCUCUGCCGAACAUUAUGAGGUUGAUCUGAUAUUUGAUUUAUUAAGUUCAGAUGAAAUAUUGCAUGAUGAGUUGACGUUAUAUUCUUUCAGUAAUAGCAUCAUUUUCACAACAUAUUGUUUUGCUUUCCGAAAGGAAGUGUAAAAUUUAGCUGAUGAGCCAAAGUCAAAGCAAUAGAGCGAUCGACUGUUUUUUAAGUACCUUUGAAAUAUUGCCAAGCUCAGUACAGUUUAACUAGAUCAUAGUGAUUACCAUUUUGUUCAUUCCAACUAUAUCUGACGAGAACUGUGGUUAAUAUUGUGCAAUAUCUUGCAUAUAGCCACAAACAUUGAUUUAAAACAUUUGUUUUUA